UCGUCACCCCCUCGCCGCCCCUUCCGCGGAUCUCUCACAUUGUCUCGCGAGAGGACUUUAGCCAAUGGAAAGGAAGAGUGGACAGAACCUUCGCCGCCCUUAACAACUGCUGCGAGGCUGAAUCCUGCGUGAACCCGAUCGGUGUUCUUGAUCUGCAGCGUCCUCUCUUCGUCGGCACCACCAAUAGGCCAGCACCAAGACUGCUUAGAAGAAUGGAAGGUAAUGGAUCCAUCGACAUGUUCUCAGAAGUCCUAGAGAACCAGUUCCUCCAGGCUGCUAAGCUCGUGGAAAGUCACUUGGACUCAGAAAUUCAGAAGCUGGAUCAGAUCGGUGAAGAUGAGCUCGAACUCCUCAAAGAGAAGAGACUGGCGGCACUCAGGAAGGCCCAACAGCAGAAACAAGAAUGGCUUUCUAAAGGUCAUGGGGAGUACAGAGAAGUUGCCAGCGAGAGAGACUUUUUUCAAGAAGUCAAGGAGAGUGAAAAAGUGGUUUGCCAUUUCUACAGAGACACCACAUUCAGGUGUAAAAUACUAGACAGACAUUUGGCAACACUGGCCAAAAAACAUCUUGAAACCAAGUUUUUGAAGCUGAAUGUGGAAAAAGCGCCAUUCCUCUGUGAGAGACUGCGGAUCAAAGUCAUCCCCACACUAGCUCUCCUGAGAGAUGGCAAGACACAAGAUUAUGUUGUCGGAUUCACUGACCUAGGAAACACAGAUGACUUCACCACGGAAACUUUAGAGUGGAGACUUGGUUGUUCUGACGUUAUCAAUUACAGUGGAAAUUUAAUGGAGCCACCAUUUCAGAGCCAAAAGAAAUUUGGGACAAACUUCACAAAGCUGGAAAAGAAAACUAUCCGAGGAAAGAAAUACGAUUCUGAUUCUGAUGAUGACUAGACUGCUGUAUUUGUAAAGCAUCUCUUUGUUUACGUCAGAGUUAAGUGUCUUUCUGAAGUCCUUGAUUUCGGCCCAUUGACCAUCUGGUCCUCGUAUCCCAGAGUUUACACUGCUUCACCACAUGGAAGGACACCAUUACUAUUUGUCUGUGGCCAUCGUGUGUAGCUUGAGAGAAACAGAUAUCUUAAAUUACCUGGAAAGGGUCUGGAUUCUCUAUUUUUGUGAUUGUUUUUAUCAUAACGUAAUUCUUCUAUCUUUAUACCACUCACACUUGUGUUUUUAAUCUGCGGAGUUAGCAAUAGAAAUUCAGCAACUCUUAAGGACUUAAUGAGUGCUGUCUAUACAAAUGGUGUGGGAGCAUUUCCUGGUGUCCCACAAAUACCUGUCAGUGAGUCCUCGCUUAAUGGAAUGUGUUUCAGGAACUAUUAAAGACUUGCCCGUGUAUUCAGGGUGCAGCAUGGUGACUGCUGAGAGCAGCGGGACAGUCAGGUCAGCAGCUCAUUGCCUGACUUAAAGGAUCCACAUUGCUUACGUGCUGAGACAUGCAUUAAGAAAUAGUUAAGAAACAGUUUCUGAGUGGCCGCAUAUGGAACUCCAAUGGCUGCUGGUACAACAGUUUUAGAAUAGUGUGGCGCCAUCUAAUGAGAUGGCUCAGUGUAGGGAGGCACUUGCCACAAAACUUGAGGACCUGAGUUCAAUUCCCAGGACCCACUUGGAAGGAGAGAAACAGUUCCUGCAAAUUGUCAUGGAGCGCUCACACACACAUAAUACAGUAGAUACAAAUUGUCAUGUAACACACGUAAUGCAGUAAAUACAAAUUAUCGUGUAACACACAUAAUAUAGUAAAUACAAAUUGUCAGGUAA